GCAUGCUGACCAGCGCCGCUGACUCCGCCUUGGCUCGCCUCGACAUACAAAACCGAGUGGAACUCCCGGAUUGCAGGCAGAAAUGGUCUUGGGUUUCAAUAACCACCACAAGGGCCAGUCCACACCUUCAUCCCCGAGUACUGCAUCGAGUAUCACCAAUGGCAAAUCACACGGGUCUCAUACCUCCUUGGAGCACCCAACAAGCAAGAUGUCGGGCAAGCAGCCUUGGUACCUGCCUAUCGAACAUCCAGCACCGUCUAGCUCGCUUCCGCCAGCCCGCGCCCCUCUGACGAAGACGGAACAAAGCACCUACGACUCGCUCUUGGCUUAUCUAUCGGCACCAGAUCUCGUCUUGCCACGUACGCUAAAAGGUCUCAAGGACUUGACGCGAGCGCAACGUCGAGCUUCGGGUCUCAAUCAGCUCGACAACAACGCCAGGCCAGCCAUCACGCGUGGCGACUCUUACCAGAGCUACGCGAGCUCGAUGCGGACGAGUGACUCCUUGGCGGCACUGACUGACAAGGAGAAGUGCUACCUCUCCAAGGAAUCGCUCGAGCGUAUAUGCCGAUCCGUCAGAUGGGACCUCAACAAGGCUACCGCUCGCGCCGAGGAGACGAUUGUCUGGCGACGCGAAUAUGGCGUGGAGGAACUGUCAGACAAGGAGAUAGAAGAGGAGGCGCUGACGGGCAAGGAGCUGCUGCUCGGCUACGAUAUCCACUCCAGACCCGUACUGUAUAUGUAUCCGGGUCGUCAAAACACAAAGACAGGCCCGCGACAGAUCAAAUUCGUCGUCUGGUGUCUCGAACGCGCUGUCGACCUCAUGCCACCCGGUGUGGACUCACUGUGUCUUAAUAUUGACUUUGGGAGCGGACAUGGUGGCGGGCAACCCACUUCGCUGGGACAAGCUCGCGAAGUCCUCAAUAUCCUGCAGAACUACUACUGCGAGCGCCUCGGUCGAGCGUGCUGUGUGCGCGUCCCGCUCGUCUUCUGGGGCUUCUACAAGCUCGUCGGGCCUUUCAUCGAUCCCAUGACCAAAGACAAGAUCAGGUUCAAUCCCAAAACGACCGAUCUGAUACCAGCCGAGCAGCUUGAUAAGUCAACUUUCGGAGGCGCGCUCGAUUUUCAAUAUAACCACGACACUUAUUUCCCGGCACUGGUCAAGCUGGCGGCAGAGAGACGACAGGCACAGUAUGAUCGCUGGCGAGAAUACGGCGAUGGCAAGCCAGGCUUGUCCGAGUGGAUCAUCAAGGGUGGCGAAGAGGCACACGGACCAGAAGCUGGCCAUCAACACCGACGGGCAUCGAAGGACCAGGGUCACGCAGUUCAGGGCGACAGUCCAGUAGAUGCAUCACCUUCAGCAAGCUUGCGAAGGGAGCAUGCCGCGGGCGGUCUUGCCUCUGCAGAAUCGAGCGCACCUUCAUCUCGCACGCACAGUCAAGCAAAUUCGCCAAUGUCAGACAAGAAGCAUUUUUUCGCAUCUGCCGAUAUGCACGGCACGGACAAUCUCUCUAGCAGAUUGACGGAAUUGCGAGCGGUUUAAUAAGAUCAAGAAUGGGAUCAGUCAAGUUCGUAGCACUAUUGUAACAUAUGCAAGAGAGAUUUCACAAC